UGGGAUCAGGAGCUAACGAACGAACAGGUGGAAGAAAAAGACAAGUGCAUCUUUGAGAUCGUCAGAGCUUUUGCCACACAACGGUUAGCCACAUUCCUUCAAAGGAAGGAGAGAAAAGGAGAUUGGCCAGCUGGUACAAAGACGACGACAACUCCGUAAGAACUGGAGGAAAGCAACUCAGGCAGAGAAAGAGGGCUUGAAGGCACUGUGGGGGGAGGUCAGGCAGAGAUUGGCCCUUCUUCGCAGAGCUGAGCGCAUCCGUAAGCGCCGGAACCGGAAAGAAAAGGAAAGAGCCAACUUCUUCAAAGACCGCUUCAAGCACGCCAGACAGCUGCUGGAAGAGAAAAAGAGUGGGAAGCUGGAAAUCACUAACGAGCAGCUUGAGCAGCAUGUCAGGAAACAGUACAGCGAUCCUGCAAGGAACGUCCCACUAGGAACACCUGGGUAUGUACCACGGCCUACACCACCAACCUCUAAGUUCAACAUCAUGCCCCCCAAGCUCAGCGAAGUCAGGCACGUCGUGGAGAAGGCAAGGUCUUCAUCAGCACCGGGUCCCAAUGGAGUACCCUAUAAGCUCUAUAAGAACUGCCCCAAGGUGCUAGAGCUGCUAUGGUACCUCAUGAGAACUGUCUGGAAAAAGCCAAUUCAGGAGCAUCGCCCUGCUCAAUGUGGAAGGGAAGAUCUUCUUCUCUGUGCUGGCCAAAAGGAUGACCAACUACCUGAUGGAGAACAACUACAUUGACACCAGCUGCCAGAAAGCAGGGGUCCCAGGCUUCCCAGGCUGUGUAGAACACUCUUCGAUGAUCUGGGAACAGAUCCAAAAGGCCAAGCGCGAGAAGACGGACCUGCAUGUCAUCUGGCUCGACCUCGCCAACGCCUAUGGGUCAGUGCCACAUCAGCUGAUCAGCUAUGCCAUGGAGUUUUUCCACGUGCCCUCCUGUAUUAAGAACUUGGUGGCAAACUAUUUCAAGGAUCUGCAGAUGUGCUUUGCCCUACAGGACUUCAUCACCGGGUGGCAACAACUAGAGGUGGGAAUCGCCAUGGGGUGUGCCAUUUCUCCCAUUCUGUUUGUGGCAGCCUUCGAGAUCAUCCUCAUCGGAGCAAGACAGACUGUGGGAGGGAUUAAACUACCAUCCGGACAGAAGCUACCUCCACUGAGGAGCUACAUGGACGAUGUCACAAGCCUCCUUCAGACAGCACCCUGCACAUCUAGACUGCUGAAAAGGAUGGACGAGCUGAUGUCCUGGGCAAGAAUGAAAAUCAAGCCUGCCAAGUCCCGCAGCCUGUCCCUCAGAAGGGGAGUCAGAAAUGACAGCACCAUCUUUAUCGCAGGGGGCGAGAGAAUCCCACUUCUGUCUGAGCAUCCCAUCAGAAGCCUAGGUAGAGAGUACACAUCAGAGCUCUCCGACAAGCAAAUGGGUAGAGCUGUGUUGAAACAACUCUCAGAUGGCCUGGCAAAGAUCGACCAAAGCCAGCUCCCGGGGAAGUACAAGGUGUGGAUCUACCAGUUCACACUCUACAGAAGGAUAAUGUGGCCACUGAAGAUGAGUGAGAUUCCCUCAUCUACAACAACCAAGAUGGAUGGGAAAGCCAACUCAUUCAUCCGAAAGUGGCUGGGGCUACCAAGGUGCUUCUCUGACACUGGCCUCUUUGGGAAGAACACCUUGCAGCUGCCACUACAAUCCAUCAGUUUGGGCUACAAGCAGGAAAAGACCAGGCUGCUUCUUGAAUUAAGAGAGUCCACCGAUCAGUCAGUUAGAAACACAGGCGUCAAGGUCCGUACUGGCAGGAAGUGGGACGCCCAAACUGAAGUCGACCGAGCAGUUGGCAGGCUGCAACACCAAGAAAUCGUGGGCAGGGUCCAGGCAGGAAGGGCAGGACUAGGCUGGGGAGAGGCACCACGUUUUUGGUCUAAGGCCAACCGGAAAGAGAGAAAGGAGAUGGUGGUGUCAGAGGUGAUAAGGACGGAGGAAGAGCGCUAUAAGAUCAAGGCUGUGUCCCAGAGCCGACAAGGAAGCUGGACAACCUGGGAGGGGGUUGUCGACCGGAAGAUCAGUUGGUCAGACUUGUGGAAGAUCCCUCAAGCGAGGCUUGGCUUCCUCAUCAGGUCAACGUAUGACACGCUUCCCUGUCCUCGGAACCUCCACCAGUGGUUCGGAAACGAGGAAGUCUGCCCACUCUGUAACACUCCCAACGCAAGCCUCCGGCACAUCCUGUCGGGCUGUAAGAUCGCGCUUUCGCAGGGACGCUACAGAUGGCGCCAUGACCAGGUCCUGACAAAGCUAGCUGAGGAGUGGAACAUGCGAGUAGAUCUUGGCAGGCAGCUCCAGUUCCCCAGCGAAAUCACCACCACGUCUCUCCGACCUGACAUAGUGGUGUGGUCCACCAAGGCAAAAACUGCACUCCUCAUUGAGCUCACAAUACCAUGGGAGGAGGGAAUCGAGGCCGCUUUCGAACGAAAGAAGACCAAGUACUCGGACCUGGCUGCGGAGUGCAGGGAGGCUGGCUGGAAGACCACCAUCUACCCAGUGGAGGUUGGAUGCCGAGGCUUUGUGGGGCAGUCAACCACACGCCUACUAAGGGACGCAGGCGUGACAGGAGGAAAGCUUAAGAAAGCAACAAAAGAGCUGGCGGAAGAGGCAGAGAAGGGCAGCUUUUGGCUGUGGCUAAGGAGGAGGGGAAAGGGCUGGGGAAAGAGCACCUAA